AUUGAAAGCUAUUAAUACCGUGGGAUCUCCCCCUCCUUUGCCUGGCACCGUUGUUUCUUCUCCUCAUCUCCCCUCUAAACAUCUCUCUCUAUACCAACACCCCACUCCUUCUAGUGAUACCCCCUUUCUCGUUUCUUCAUCUCCUCCGUCACCAUGGCCGACCUUUUCACCACCAUCGAGACCCCUUCGGGCAAAUACGAGCAACCCUUGGGCCUGUUCAUCAACAAUGAGUUCGUCAAGGCCAAGAGUGGCCGCACGUUCGAGACCAUCAACCCCACCAACGAGAAGCCAAUUGUAGCCGUCCAGGAGGCGGACGAGAAUGAUGUCGAAGAUGCCGUCAAGGCUGCCCGUGCUGCCUUCGAGGGCGAGUGGAGGAAGGUGACACCCUCGGAACGUGGCCGCCUGCUCACCAAGCUGGCCGACCUCUUCGAGCGUGAUAUCGACAUCCUGGCUGCUAUUGAAUCCCUUGACAACGGCAAGGCCUUCACCAUGGCUAAGGGUGACGUUGGCGCCGCCGCCGGCUGCCUUCGCUACUACGGUGGCUGGGCUGAUAAGAUUCACGGCCAAACCAUUGAUACCAACCCAGAGUCUCUUACCUACACCCGCCACGAGCCCAUUGGUGUCUGUGGUCAGAUCAUCCCUUGGAACUUCCCUCUUCUGAUGUGGUCCUGGAAGAUUGGACCUGCCGUCGCUGCCGGUAACGUCGUCGUCCUCAAGACCGCUGAGCAGACUCCCCUGUCUGGUCUCUAUGCCGCCAAGCUCAUCAAGGAAGCUGGCUUCCCUGCUGGUGUCGUUAACAUCAUCUCUGGUUUCGGCCGUGUUGCCGGUGCUGCUAUCUCCAGCCACAUGGAUAUUGAUAAGAUUGCCUUCACUGGUUCGACUCUGGUUGGUCGUAUGAUUCUCCAGGCCGCCGCCAAGAGCAACCUGAAGAAGGUCACUCUGGAGUUGGGUGGCAAGUCCCCUAACAUUGUCUUUGACGAUGCCGACAUCGACAACGCCAUCUCUUGGUCCAACUUCGGAGGCAUCCACGACAAGUUCGUUGCCCGCUUCAAGGAGCGCGCCGCUGCCAACAAGCUCGGCAACCCCUUCACGGCCGACACCUUCCAGGGCCCUCAGGUCUCGCAGCUGCAGUUCGACCGCAUCAUGGAGUACAUCGACCACGGCAAGAAGGAGGGUGCUACCGUUGCCACCGGUGGUGAGCGUCACGGAACCGAGGGUUACUUCAUCCAGCCUACCGUCUUCACCGAUGUCCACAGCGACAUGAAGAUUGCCAAGGAGGAGAUCUUCGGCCCCGUCGUCACCGUGCAGAAGUUCAAGGAUGAGGAGGAGGCCAUCAAGAUCGGUAACAGCACCUCGUACGGUCUUGCCGCUGCCGUCCACACCAAGAACGUCAACACUGCCAUCCGCGUCUCCAACGCCCUCCGGGCCGGAACCGUCUGGAUCAACAACUACAACAUGAUCAACUACCAGGCUCCCUUCGGUGGCUUCAAGGAGUCGGGUAUUGGCCGUGAACUGGGCUCCUACGCCCUCGAGAACUACACCCAGGUCAAGACUGUGCACUACCGCCUGGGUGACGCUCUCUUUGCUUAA